UUGGAACAGUCCCUGGCAAUCGCAAUAUUGCCCUCAUAUUUUUGUCGGACCGGACUCUCCGCAAAGUCGCAAAGACGCUCUGUAGAAAGGGAUGGGGGCGGUGACAAAAAGGUUCCCUCACAUACCAAAGUGAGUCUUCGACGAAUUUCCCCCAAUCCGAACGUACGACUUUUCUUUGAAAAGGACCGGCAUUUUCGAGAACCUAUGGUAAAAUAUCGAUACACCUUCAGUGAAGAGGACUCAGAGCACGCGUUUAUACGGACGAAAGUGUUGCGUGAAUUCGCAGGGGACAGAUGGAAAAGUAAAUAUCGGUGCAUGAAUCUACGU